CCCAUUUCAAUUCUAGCCAGGCAGGACAUGUUAAUUGUUGAAAAAAUUUGAUGGCUCUGUUGAAAGUUUUUAGUAUGAAGAAAAGGUCACUUCAGUUUCAUCAAAUAGAGAAAAGAAGAUGGCUUUUAGUAGUGGUUUUAGUGGCUACAGUUCAUUUGUUUUGUCAAACCCUUAUGCUUCCUUAUGGAACUGCUCUUUUAUCUCUUUUGCCUGGGCACGAGAAUGCUAUGUAUUUCAAUCGAAUGUCAACUUUUAGUACUUUUCAAGAUGUGCUUCAAGAAGAAAGUCUUGAACUUGUUGAUGGUGAAAGUUUAGGUGAAGUUUUAGUGGAGGAAAGUAGUGAAACAAGACAUGAACUGCUUUCUGUAGACUUAAGUAACAAUUUUGGAGAUGGGGUUUCUAAGAAUAGUACUAUUUAUAUCAAAGAAGUCAAAAUGAAGAUCGUGAAGAUUAAUAAUGUAAAACCCUUAGAUGAGUCUCUUGUCAAUAAAUCUGGGAAUGGUUUCCGGGCUAAAGUUCUUCCGAUCAAUGAGAAGUAUUUUUUGUUCCAAAGUGAUGAUAGAAAGAAAAUGAGAUGUUUGAUGCCACCAAAAUCAGUCAUGUACAAUGACGCAAUGAACCAUUUGUUAGCUCGGAAUCGAAGGUCCUCUCGAGCAAUGAGGCCAAGAUGGUCUUCAGCACGGGAUCAAGACAUUCUUGCUUCAAAGGUACAAAUCACUAAUGCCCCCUCCCGGGUGACUGAUCGAGAACUUUAUGCACCCUUGUAUCGUAACUUUUCGAUUUUCAAAAGGAGCUAUGAGCUCAUGGAACGUACGCUCAAAGUAUACGUAUAUAAAGAUGGAGAAAAACCGAUCUUUCAUCAACCAAUACUCAAAGGGUUAUACGCCUCCGAGGGAUGGUUUAUGAAGCUCAUGGAGGGUAAUAAGCAGUUCGUUGUGAAGGACCCGAACAAAGCCCACUUGUUUUAUAUGCCAUUUAGUGCACGGAUGCUUGAACACAAGUUAUAUGUGCGAAACUCUCACAACAGGACAAAUUUACGACAAUUCCUGAAGAUUUAUGCAGAGAAAAUUGCAGCUAAAUACCCCUUUUGGAAUCGAACUGGUGGAGCAGAUCAUUUUCUUGUUGCUUGCCAUGACUGGGCUCCAUACGAGACAAGGCACCAUAUGGAGCACUGCAUCAAAGCACUCUGCAACGCGGAUGUGACCGCUGGAUUCAAGGUUGGAAGAGACGUCUCCCUGCCGGAAUGCUAUGUGCGGUCUCCCCGUAACCCACUCCGAGAUCUAGGGGGCAAACCCACAGCAGAUCGUCAUAUUUUUGCCUUCUAUGCUGGAAACAUGCAUGGGUACUUGCGCAAAAUCUUACUCGAAUAUUGGAACAAUAAAGACACGGAUAUGAAGAUUUUUGGUCCUAUGCCACCUGGGGUUGCUAGCAAGAUGAACUACAUAGAACAUAUGAAAAGCAGCAAAUAUUGCAUAUGCCCAAAAGGUUAUGAGGUGAAUAGCCCAAGGGUUGUUGAGGCUAUCUUCUACGAGUGUGUGCCCGUAAUAAUUUCUGACAACUUUGUCCCUCCGUUCUUCGAAGUGUUGAAUUGGGAUGCGUUCUCAGUUAUCGUGGCAGAAAAAGAUAUACCCGAUCUAAAGACCAUACUUGCAGCGAUUAGUGACGACAAGUACAAAGAACUGCAGCAUGGAGUGAAGAAGGUUCAAAAGCAUUUCCUGUGGCAUGUUAAACCUAUCAAGUAUGAUUUAUUUCACAUGACAUUGCACUCAAUUUGGUACAACAGAGUCUUCCAGAUUAAGCCUAGAUAGGCCGGGUUUGAAGAGUUAGACACUCUGUCUUGUACUCUAUCCAUUGACGAAUGUAGUAUAACAUUUGUUAAUGUUGUAAAUAUUUUAUAAUUUCAAAUGAAGUAUUUUGGAAUGGGUUGAUCCGUAAAA